AUGACGAAUCAUGCUGAGAACAAGAGCCCUCGCAGUGCAACUGCUAGCACGUCUGACUUUACCGUGGAUGUCUGUCUCAAAGAGCCUAAGAGGAUCGAGUCUAUACCUCAGAGAACGUACUACACGUAUAACGACACGGUUGAGGGCCAGGUGAAGCUGAAGGUGGCAAACCCCGUAUCUGUGAGGAACAUUCAGGUGAAACUGGCGGGAGUAUCAGAAACAAGGCUAAGUCAAAAUGUUGAGGUGUUGACGUCCAAUCUGAGGCGAGAGGUUGAGAAGUUGAGGCACCAGCUAUUGUACGACCUCGUCACCGUGUUCCCACCUCAAAAUGUUGCCAAUGUGUCGAAGAACGACAAGUUCACUUUGAUUCCAGGGGAGUACACAUAUGACUUUGCGCUGAAGAUCCCGUUCUUGUCUCACUGUGGAGAUGAAGAAACCAAGAAGCACUCGAAUGUGUACACAUCGCCUUAUGAGGCACAGGAUAGGGAGAAGCUUGAGUGCCGUCGAUGUGAGACUCGUCACCUUGAAGAGCCAUUACCACCCUGUAUGGACGUUAACAGAAUUAGAGAAACUGCAAGGAUCACCUAUCAGCUGAAGGUAUCAGUUCACCGUCCGGGAAUGCUGACAACCACAACAAGGGCUAUCGUGCCUCUGAUGUUCAGACCACCUGGACCGACCCUCAGUUUGUUUAGGAAUUCCCCCUUCAUGGAAGAGGUUUCAACAGUACGAACGUUAAAGGCAAGGUUACAAGGUGAGCCGGUACCUCUAAAGAGGGAGAGAUUCCGUGAGAUGUUUUCAUCAACUACAAAAAGACAGACCGUAGAUAUGAGAUUGAAGCUGUUAUACAAACCCACGCUGGUUCCAUAUCAGAAUAACGUACAACUCAUGCUACAGACCUCUGUGAACAGUGAUAUGAAACCUCCUCCCGUCUUGUACCUGAAAUCAAUUGAGGUGGUGUUGGUGCAGAAGCUAGUUAUAUACACACAGACGUUUAUCCAGAUGGUUGAACAAGAUCAACGGUUGUUGAAAUCUACAGAGACCAGAUUACUAUCAAUGCCAUGUGCGACAAAGAUGAAGGAAGAGACCGGCAAGUUUAAAUCAGAGAUAGACCUAACGGAGUCACUGAAGGACAUAUCUCUGGAUCAAUUCACUCCAUCUUUCAGGACGUGUAAUGUGAUGUUGAGCCAUAAACUACGUGUUGUCGUGAACGUAAGUGGUAUCGAGGAUAGCUGGUUUUCUGCCGGCGAGUCGAUGAAGAUCGAAGUCCCUGUUGCUCUUAGCGGUGAGCUCGUCACAGAAGACGAGCUCACAGAGAUGAUUGGAGAGUCAUACAUAGAUUCACCUCUUUAUCACAUCCAUUCAACUGAAGAGGAACAACUACCAGAGUACGAGCAAUGA